AUGACCGACGGGCCGGUCGCGGAUGCCGAGGCGUUCUGUCGGACCCUCGAGGCGAUCGCGCGGACCCUGCCCCGCGUCGAGUUCGCCGCGCACCCCGCGCUCCGCGCCAACGCCCGGGGCGUCGACGGAGGAGCGGCGGUGGCGCCGGCGGUCGGCACAGACAUGAGAGCGGCACGCGCGUUCGAGGCGGUCGUGGCGGGCGAUACGAGCGCGGACCGACCGGCGAUGACCACGUGGUACUCCGCGGGGAAGCGACACCUGCACCAGCCCCAGCUCGAGUCCUUGGCCGAACUCAUCGCUCCGAUGGUCGCCGCGGCCGAACCACCGCCGACGACGGAUCCUAGAAAAGCCGACGGAAGCGAGGCGCGGGGCGGGGCGGGGCGCGGCGCUCGGGCGGUCUUGGAGCUCGGCGCCGGGCGAGCGGUGCUCGGUCGCGUCGUCUCGAGCAUCACGGGCGCCCCGCUCAUCGCCGUUGACCGCAGGGUCCCCAAAGAAGCGCGAGUCGACGAAGACGAAGACUGGGACGAGCACGAGCGCCACCGCCCGACGCUCCACGACGGCGACGACGACGACGGGAAGGAAACAGAGGAAGGCGUCGCGGCGGUCGAGGAUAACCCUACACCAGCCGCGUUCGCCGGACCCGCGCGUCGGCUCGUCGCGGAUCUGACCGGAUGCUCGUUCGCGUCGCUGGCGGAGCGCGCGAACAUCGCAAACGUAGGCGGCACAGCUGGCGUCGCGCUAAUCGCCAAACACCUCUGCGCGGGCGCGACGGACGCGGCCGUGCGACUCGCGAUCGAGGGCGCGAGCGGCUCGAGUGACCUGACCCUAAACCCCCGCGUCGUCGGCGUGGCGCUGGCUCCGUGCUGCCAUCCCCAGAUUGGCUACGACGAGUACGUUGGGAGGGAUUGGCUGGAGCGGCGGUGGCGGGAGAAAUCGCCGGGGGGCCGGGGGCUUGGGCCCUCGGGGUUCGCGACGCUGCUCGCGCUGCUGGCGUUCGCGAAGGAACGGGUCGGGGCAUCGGACGAGACGCUGAUGCGGUACCACGGUAGGGCGCUGGGCGACGUCGCUAACGUCGUCGGCGGCGCGCGGCGACUGCGGCGGCUCGGGAGGGCGGCGAGGCGAGCCGUCGAGCAAGGUCGCGCCGAGGCGCUCGGCGCCGCGCCGGGAUUUGGGGACGCGCGCGUGUGCCAAUACGUGGACGCGUCGGUGAGCCCGGACAACCUCGUCGUCGUCGCGGGAGGGAGAUUGGGGUGGACGAAUGGGGGGACGGAACCUUCGCGACGGAACCGUCGCGGCUCUCGGCUACCCGCGCGCGGCGUCGUCGUCGCGGCAAACUCGGCGGGGUCGGGGCCCCACGGAUCCCUGGCGCACAGACUCGCGGAGUUUGUCCUGGAACAGCGCGGACGAUCGCUCCGGGACGACGACGGACGCGGAACGUCGCCGUUUGAGUACGUCUUCACGGCGACGAACGCGACAACAGGGGGGGGCGACGGGCGGGGUGGAGGAGCGAAGCGGCGGCGCGACGGCUCGGAGCGGGUCGACGCAUCCACGGGUGACGAGGGGACCACGUCCGCGGGUGACGCGGCGCCGGCGGUCGUGAUCGUCGGCGAUCCCGCGCGGAUUCUCCGCAGCCUCCACCUCGCGCCUUCCGCCGCGCCGCCGCCGCCGCCUUUCCUCGCCCAAUCGCUCGGGAUGCUGUGCCCGUUUGACAGGCGAGUGGAGUCGCGCGUCGACGACCCCGCCGCCGGCGACGCGGUCCGGCUGGCGGCUGAGGUGGAGUCCGCGGCGCGCGAGUUGGGUAGGAGCGGGGGCGACGACGACGACGGUCGCGUGGCGGUGAGGCUGAGCGCGUUUCCCAAGGCUAUCGAGGCGUCGUUGGUCGCCGCGCUCCAGUCCUCCGACGCGCUGAGGCUCCACCCCGUCGAGUUUACGCACGUCGUCAGCGUCGCUCGAUGGGCCCCCGGCGACGACGACGACGAGGGGGAGGACGGGGACGGGGGGAACGCGGGGAACGUGGGGGACGGGGACGGGGGAUCCCGCGGCGAUGCGUUCUUGUGGUCGAUCAUGGAUCGUCGGGACUGGGACCCGCGCGGGUGGCGUCAGCGGGUCGACGAACGAUCAGGCGCCGCCAAUCGAUCGGGCGCCACCAAAGCCGAGCGCUCGCUCGCCGCGUGGCUCGGCGAGUGUCGCUCGAGACUCCCGGACGUCCUCGUUCCCCAGGAUGGGUCGUUCAACGAAGCCCCCGGGUGCCGCGUCCUGAUCGUCACCGACUCCAACGCGGCGGUCGAGGACGCGCUCGUGCGGUGGGCGCGCGGCCCGGCGCGCGCGAGCGCCGUGGACGUGGCGAGACCGAGGAAGGGCGUCGACGGCGGGUGGAUCGCCGAGACCGUCCUCGACAAAGGGAGGUUGAGCGGCGGCGGCGGCGACGACGACGACGGGCACGGCGCGUUCCUCGCGGCCGGCCAGCCCUCGAGGCGCCCUUGCUCGGUGCGCUCCGCGCCGGGGUCGGGUCCGACGCGAACUCGUCGGUUCUCGCGCCAGGGGCUUGGGUGA